CCAUUCAUUUUUCUCUUUAGGGAUGACUUGUCUCUGCUGCCAUUUACCACCAUGUGCAUCAAGGAGAGCCUCCGAUUACAUCCCCCAGUAACAGCAGUGUCUAGACGAUGUACUGAGGAUAUUGCGAUGCCCGAUGGGAAAGUCAUUCCAAAAGGGAACAUCAGCCUGAUCAGUAUUUAUGGAACUCACCACAACCCUGCAGUUUGGCCGAAUCCAGAGGUCUAUGAUCCUUAUCGAUUUGAUCCCAGCUCCACAGAUCAGCGGUCCUCACAUGCUUUUGUACCUUUCUCUGCUGGACCUAGGAAUUGUAUUGGACAAAACUUUGCCAUGGCUGAAAUGAAAGUGGUGCUUGCUCUUACACUUCUCAACUUUAAGGUGGCCUUGGAUCCCAACAAAGUAGUCCGCAGGAAGCCGGAGUUGAUCUUAAGAGCAGAGGGUGGACUGUGGCUUCAAGUGGAAGCUCUAAAAUCUUAAAGUUAGAGAAGAAGAAAUCUACACAUUAGACUUUUAUACUGUAACAAUAGCUUUAACACUGUAAUCG